GAGCCUGUGAAUCUGACGUGUCCUGCUCCCAGAAUGCUACGCGGCGGGGGGCCGCUGAGCGCCGGUGUGGCGACUGAUGCUGCCGCGUCGCUUAAACCAGAAGUGGGUUUGCUGUGCACAUGUCCUCAACAAUGGAAUUAGUAUUUCUAGAAGUUCAAGAUGAAAGGGUGAAGAUAAUGGGAAGACAAAAAAUCCUUUUUUGAAGAUAUCAGUUGUGUGAAUGCUGUGUCAAAGGCAGAUUUCAUCCAUAGAUUUUCCUUGGGUCUCCCGGCAAUGUCCCUGAUCUUGUCUGCCUCUGUGGUCCGUGUGAGAGAUGGCCUCCCUCUGUCUGCCUCGACUGACUAUGAGCAAAGCGCUGGUGUGCAGGAAUGUAGAAAGUACUUCAAAACUCUUGCAAAGACGCUUGCUCAGCUCCCAGACAGAUGCACACUGAAAGCAGGAAAGUAUAACAUAAAUUUUAUUAGUUCCUUGGGAGUGAGUUACAUGAUGUUGUGCACUGAAAACUACCCCGGUGUCCUCUCCUUCUGCUUCCUGGAUGAGCUUCAGAAGGAGUUCAUCACCACAUACAACGUGAUGAAAACAAACACAGCUGUUAGACCCUACUGUUUCAUCGAGUUUGAUAAUUUUAUUCAGAGGACCAAGCAGAGAUAUAAUAAUCCACGGUCUUUGUCUACAAAGAUAAACCUUGCUGACAUGCAAACAGAAAUCAGGCUGAGACCACCAUAUCAAAUUGCCUUGUCUGAACUGGGUUCACCGAAUGGAUUACCACAUGUAUCCCUUGAGGAAUACAAGAAUACUGGGAAAAUAUCUGCGGCUCCUCACCAGCGACUGGAACCUGUGACGCUCUCAGGGAUUGUUUCCUUUGUACUCAGUCUUUUAUGUGGCGCGUUGAAUUUAAUCCGUGGCUUUCAUGCUACAGAGAGUCUUUUGCAGAAUGAGGGAGAAGACUUCAGUUAUGUUAUUGCCUUUUUCCUUGGCACAGCAGCUUGUUUGUAUCAGUGCUAUCUGUUUGUAUAUUGCACUGGCUGGCGAAAUAUCAAAUCCUUCCUCACUUUUGGCUUGAUCUGCUUAUGCAACAUGUAUCUCUAUGAACUGCGCAACCUUUGGCAGAUCUUUUUCCACGUGACUGUGGGUGCUUUUUCAACUUUGCAAAUCUGGCUGAGGCAACCGCAAGGGAAGUCCCCCGAUUACAACGUGUGACGGUUGUCUCGUGAAAGCGGCAGCCUCGAUGCAAGCAGCGUUCCUCUCAGGAAUGAAAAAAGCUUUUUCUGUAAGAGAGGCGCUCCCCAUGCUUGAAGGCAUCAAUGACCGGACAGUGAAAUUCUUCCUCAAAAGAAGAGCUGCAAAAGGAUUUGGGAACUGAUUGAGGGACAAAUGAAGUCCUCCACUGUCGAGGAGAAUAUACCCCCAAGGGGGGGAAAAAAACCCAAGUAAUUUGGAGGGCAUCAUAAAAACUCCACAUUCAGAACUAUGAAAAAGGCAAGGGGUGUGUAUCUCAAGUUAUUUCUCCAAUCCCAAACCAGUUUUGCCUUUGUGAGGCAGUAGAAUAGGCUGUAAUAAAAGGAUGACAUUGCAUAUUAACAAA